AUGGCGCCCAACAUACCAGCGAGGUGCUGGGCAUCAAUACCCCGACCGUCACGGGCACCGUCGGCCCUCAUCGCCGGCAUACAACACCCCCAGGCGACGUCGCUAGCCUUCCGACCCGCCCUCUCCGUCGCCGUCGCCGCGCAGACCACCCAGACGCGCGGCGUCAAGUAUGGGUGGAGCACCCUCCCCAAGCGCUCGAGCUUCCAGCUCAAGUACAACUCGGGCAACGGCCUGCCGGAGCCCACGACGACCCCCGCGGCCGCCCAGAAGCGCAAGGAGCGCAACACGCCCCUCCGGACCGGAAUCCUUGCCACCAAGAAGGGCAUGACCGCCUACUACACGCACAACGGCAAGCGCAUGGCCUGCACGGUGCUCCAGGUCGAGGAGUGCCAGGUUGUGGCCCACAAGACGCGCGAGGAGCACGGCUACUGCGCCGUGCAGGUGGGCUGCGGGUCCAAGCGGCCCGGCAACGUCACCGCGCCGCUGCUGGGGUACUACGAGGCAAAGGGAAUCCCGCCCAAGGAGCACCUCGUGGAGUUUCAGGUGCGCGACGAGAGGGGGCUGGCGCCACCGGUGGGCGUGCAGCUGCUGCCGGACUGGUUCCACAAGGGACAGUGGGUGGACGUCAGGGCGAACUCGAAGGGCCAGGGUUUCGCUGGUGGCAUGAAGAGGCACGGAUUCAGCGGGCAGGAGGCCAGUCACGGUAACUCCAAGAAUCACAGGACAAUGGGUAGUGUCGGCCCGUCACAAGGAAGUGGUUCGAGAAUCCUGCCCGGCAAGAAGAUGCCCGGGCGCAUGGGCAACGAGAGGGUGACCAUGCAGAACCUUGCCGUGCUGCGGGUAGACAUCGAACUGGGUAUCAUCGUGGUGAAGGGCUGUGUGCCAGGACCAAAGGGUGCGCUGGUCAGAAUCUCGGACGCCGUCAAGCAGGACCCACCGCCGCAGGAGUUCAUUGACAAGAUGAACCAGGCGCUGAACGAGAGGUUCCCCACUGCCGAAGAAGACCUCAACGAGGCACGGAGGGUUCACAUGGAACUCAAGCGGUUGAGAAAAGAGGGCAGGAUAGAAGAGGCUGUGCAGAUGGGCCUUCAGGAGACCGCCGAGGAGGCCGUGACCCCGACCACUGUGUAG